GAAAUACAGUGUUCUCUGAGAGGGAUGGAGGGUCUGGAUUUGGAUAAGGUGAUCCGGGCAGGAGGCGAUGUCGAAGCCACUCUGAAGGGGAGGAGGAUACCUUCCUGAAAAGUGGGCACUUUCAGUGGAACGAAGAAGGGAAAGCCUUGUCCUGGAGCCAGGGGGGUGGCAUGGGGCGGGGACCAGCACGACAGGGUUUUCAGAGUGAAGGGCCACCCUGGAGCAAGAGAGCUGUUUGUGUGGCUGGACUUUGGGGUGGUCCCUGCUUGUCGCGAGAGCAGAUUGACUCUGACAAGUAACUGGUGAGGGAGUAGGUCUGGCCUGGGUCGGGGAAGGACCCGGUGUUGCCUCAGAAGCAGCUCUGACACCCCUAGCUCCUAGGGAGCCCUCAACCAUAAGUGGGUUGAGCCCCACCGCCGUGCUUAGCUCCAGACGUAGGGGUUCCCUGAGAAAGCUUGGCACAGACUCCGAGGAGCAGGUGCCCUGUGCCGCCUCUGCGGGGCAGUCGGGCCUGGGCCCUGUGCCAGUGCCGGGGUGCCCUGCAGCUCUCCAUCUCCUCACCUUGGAGCGCGGCUGCUGUGCCUUCCCCUAGAGGAGCCUGGGGGGCAAACACGCUUGACCAGUGUUUUUGUGGAUGAAGGUUUCUUGAAGGUGAUCCUAAAUAGGCGGCCACAAAGAACGUCCCCGGUGCGUCGCGCUCUGGUGUCAGCUUUUCAAGGGCUGCAGGCAGGAAAUGCCGGCACGAGCCCUGGCCCUGUGGCCCUGUUUGAAGAUGGCACGUGUGACUUUGAAGUGGGGGGCAGUGUGACAUUUGUGUGAAGGACAGGCGUCAGAAUGAGACACGGAGUCCCAGAUUCUCACCUCGCCGACCCCGAGCCUCAGUUUACCCCACUCCCGUCUCCCAGCGGUGUGAGGUGUCAGGUGUACUCAGAAUGGUUGAGGAGGCGCGUGCAGUGCUGGAGCCGCCCGAGGGAAGGGGGCGCAGGCACCUGGCGGUCAGGGUAGAUAGACCAGGGCACCACAGACUGGGAUAGAAAUAGAACCGACGGCCAUGGCAUUGUAGCACAAAUGUCAUGCAGCUGGCUGGGCCUCAGGUGGGGUGACUUGGGCAGCCGCAGUGUGAGUGCUGAGUCUUGGGGUGCAGGGGCCCCCCUCCACGCCAGCAGGACAGGUUGGCAUUUUUGAGUGGGGCCGGACUGUCCAGGAGUCAGAGGUGGGGAAGCUUCUGAGUAGGAACUGGGGGCUGUGGAGUUCGCCUCUAAAGAAAAUCAGAGGGCAGCCCUCUCGUGCAGUUGCCCCACUGCUGGCUCGUUCUCAUCGGCUGAAGCGUGCUGAGUGCUCGCCGCGUUCUCUUGGACACUGCACGCGUGGAAGCUCUGUUGUGCAGCACUGGUCCAGGCCGCGCCAGCCAGGGGCCCCAUCUCCGCACACCGCACACCGAUUCCCACUUCCUGUGGAAGGGGGGCAGAGAGCUGUGACCUCUGGGUGGAUGACCUGGGAGCCCCUGCCUGUGUGUGACUGCGAUGGGGUCACAUGGGCACCUGGUUACCUGAGACCGUUUGGAGGAUGAGAACGAGGUGUGGAGGAUGGAGCCGGGGGAGGGGGCAACCCUCACCCCUCCCAGAAACCUUCCCCGUUCACCCAGCCUCACGGGGACCUCUUGGCGGAUUGGUGGGCACCGCUCUGCCAGGCCACGUCCUCACCUUCAGGAGCCUCCAGCCAGGAGUAUCCUGGCCAGGGAGUGCUGCCAGGUUCCCUGUACUGGCACUGCAAGAACUGCCCUCCUAGCUGAGCAGAGGCUGAGAAGGACUCCGCAGCCCCCAGAGUCCCUCAGCACAGCCAGGAGUGCUGAUUCGCACUGACGCUGGGCUGGGGGAGUUGCAGAGGAAGAGCUGCUCGCUGCCUUCGCCCCAGAUCCUGGUGGCUGGGUGGGCCGUGAUCCCUCCAGGGCCUCCCACGCCUCAGUGCCCCCUCUUAUGGGAGUGGUCUUGACAUGCUUUAUGCCCCAGGGCUGGUCCUUAGUGGCAGGCGGCUUGCUCUUGGCCCUGCAGGAGAUCAAAGCGAAAUGAGCGGGAAGGCCUCCUGUGCCCUGGAGACGGUCUGGGAAGACAAGCAGAAGUACGGGGAAGCUGAGCGGCGCUUCUACGAGCACGAGGCCAUGAGAGCCGCCGCCCAGCAGCUCCCGGCCGAGGCACUGGCAGUGAACGGGCCGGGCCGGGAGGAUGAGGCCGAGGAGGCGGGCGCCCCCAACGGCAGCGGCAGCAGCGAGCCCGGCAAGAGCCACAAUGGGAAGAAGCCGUUGCAGAAGCCGAGGAAGCGCUCCCCGAGGGGCUGGCUCAGCCAGGGGGACCUGGCCCUCGUGGGCCUCUCAGCCGACCACGUCUGGCUGGACAAGCCGCUGUUCGACCAGGCGGAGAGCUCGUACCACCAGAGGCUGGCAGAUGCGGCCGCCCAGGCAGCCCGGCCUCCCGCCCUGGCCCCUGGGGCCCUCUGCGCCCUCGGAAGCCAGGUGGCCUGCCACCACGUGACCUGGGGCGUCUGGGUCAACAAGUCUUCCUUUGACCAGGCUGAGCGGGCGUUCGUGGAGUGGUCUCAGGCCUUGCUGCUGGCUGCGGAGGGGAGCGGCGGGCAGGGGGCUCCCGACACGGGCCAGUGGGCGGCCGCCCCCGACCUGCACCUCAUCCGCCAGCCCAGCCCGCCAGCCAACGGCCAGCCCCCACUGGGCAGCCUGCAGGCGCUGGUGCGGGAGGUGUGGCUGGAGAAGCCCCGCUACGACGCGGCCGAGAGGGUCUUCUACGAGGCCCUGUUUGACGGCCACCCCCCUGGGAAGGUGCGCUUGCAGGAGCGAGCCGGUCAGGCUGAGGGCGCCCGGCGCGGCCGCAGAGACCGGCGGGGCCGCAACGCCGUGGGAAGCCGGCGGCUCGGGCCGCGGCGGGUGGACGGGGAGGCCUCCUCUGCCCUGCCCUACCGGUACUUCCUGCACAAGGAUGCCGAGGCCCCCUGGCUCAGCAAGCCGGCCUACGACAGCGCAGAGUGCCGCCACCACGCCGCCGAGGCCCUGCGCACGGCCUGGCGCCUUGAAGCUCCGUCCCUGGUUCACCGACCCAGCGCCCGGUCUGGCCCUUCCAUGUCCAGCCUGAGACCCAAGAAAAUGGCCACAAACUUUAUAGUGCACGAGAAGAUCUGGUUUGACAAGUUCAAAUAUGACGAUGCAGAAAGGAAAUUCUACGAGCAGAUGAACGGGCCCGUGGCCGGCUCCUCACGCCAGGAGAACGGCGCCAGCGUGAUCCUCCGUGACAUCGCGAGAGCCAGAGAAAACAUCCAGAAGUCCCUGGCCGGGAGCUCAGGCCCCGGGGCCCCCAGCGGGCCCAGCGGAGACCACAGUGAGCUGGUCAUCCGGAUUGCCAGCCUGGAAGUGGAGAACCAGAGCCUGCGAGGGGUGGUGCAGGAUCUGCAGCAGGCUGUCUCCCAGCUGGAGGCCCGGCUGAGCGCGCUAGAGAAGAGCUCGCCCGCCCACCGGGCCACAGCUCCGCAGACCCAGCACGUGUCUCCCAUGCGCCAAGUGGAGCCCCCCGCCAGGAAGGUGGCCACCGCCACAGAGGACGACGAGGACGACGACAUUGACCUGUUCGGCAGCGACGAGGAGGAGGACCGGGAGGCGGCCCGGCUGCGGGAGGAGAGGCUGCGGCAGUACGCCGAGAAGAAGGCCGCAAAGCCUGCCCUGGUGGCCAAGUCUUCCAUCCUCCUGGACGUCAAGCCUUGGGAUGACGAGACGGACAUGGCCCAGCUGGAGGCCUGCGUGCGCUCCAUCCAGCUGGAUGGGCUGACCUGGGGGGGCUCCAAGCUGGUGCCCGUGGGCUACGGCAUCCACAAGCUACAGAUCCAGUGUGUGGUGGAGGACGACAAGGUGGGCACGGACCUCCUGGAAGAGGAGAUCACCAAGUUCGAGGAGCAUGUGCAGAGCGUUGACAUUGCUGCUUUCAACAAGAUCUGAGCCCCGGCACUGGCCUGAGCGUGGGAAGCCUUGCAGCCAAUAAAGACUGAGAUUCCA